CAAAACAUUCUGGCCAAACACUAGUGUUUAUUUGCUCCAUUUUUGCUGGAUUCUAAACACAGGUGCGAGCACUCCAGUUCUUUUACUUAGCAGAACUGGACAGCCUCACCUAUCUGAUUAAGUGCAGUAUAAAUGAGUCAGGCAAAAAGAGAGAGAGGCAGAGGACCUUCUGGACCAGGGCGAGGAUCAGUGUUUCCUCUUAUUGGACGAAACCAACAACCAGAACCAGUAGGUUGGAUAUUGAGGGAUGAAGCAGGCGUGGACUCUGAUGAUUCCACUCAACCCCCAGAUGAGUUACAUCCAUCUUUUUUGCCUCCAUUUAUUCCUGCAGAGGUGAAUACCACAUGCAAUAACCAGGAUGAUGUUUGUGGGGAUCAUAUAGAACCAAAUACUAGUAAACGUGGUAGGGGUGUGGCCAAAGGUACUGAGUUUGAGAGGAUUCGAAAGUAUGGCAAAAUACCACUUGAGAUCAAAGAGGGGAAGAUAGGUCCAUCAUGCAACAAUAGAACAGUCUACACAACGAGAGUGACAUGGAUCGUGAAGCACUAUGCAGACAUGAGGCAUGUUAGCUGGAAUGUUGUUGAUGAAAAGGAGAAACAAGAACUUAUUGAUCGAGUUCGAGCUGACUUUGUCUUGGAUUGGACAUUGAAAAAUCAUCGUCGAACUGUCAUGAGUCAGCUAUCUCGUGCAUAUAAUGCGUUUCAUUACAAGCUACACAAAAAGUACUUGAGUUAUGCAACACAUGAGGAGGCAGCAAAAGCUAAUGUAGGGGGAUCGGUAGAGCAAACAGUUUGGGAGUGGUUAUGCAACCGGUGGGGAAGUGAUUCAUUCAAGAAAAUGUCCAGGCAAAACAAAGAAAAUAGGGCUAAACAGAUGGUCAACCACACAAGCGGAAGGACAUCAUUUGUUGUACUAAUGGAGAGAAAGAAGGACAAAAAUAUGAUUGAUUUCUACAAAGAUGUGCAUUGGUCAAACAAAAAGGGGAGAUUUAUCACACCAACUACAGAAGACAAUUAUAACCAGAUGGUUGAAAAGAUGAAUGCAAAAGAGCCAGAUACUCGCACAGAUGAAGCAGCAGCAAACAUAUUUAGGGAGGUCUUGGGACAUAGACCAGGGUAUUCUAGAGGGAUGGGGCACUCUGUUAUGCCUGAAUCUCCUAAAGUACCUGGCAUUCAGAAAUAAAGAGUAUGAACGGCUUGCUAAGGAAAAUGAACAAAAUAAGAAAAAUGCUGAGUAUUAUCAAAAUCGGCUGAAAGAGCUUGAAAAUGGUGUCCUGGCUAUCCAAGAGAAUAUGCAAGCAUAUGAAGCACGUAUAAACAUGAGAAUGUCAGGAGUUGAAACAGAAUUAGAGUCUCAAAGAGAGACUCAAGCUGCAGUUCCUUAGGCAUCAUCCAUGUGCUAGCAGUACCUAUAAUUAUGUUUUUUUGUCUACAUAUAUUUUUGCUACGCUUUUUGAUGAAGUUGUUAGUGGGGAUAAUGAGGUAGCAGCAUAGCCUUGAAUGAAGUAAGACAAUGUUCUCAAUUAAUACUCUUGUUGUAGAGCGUGAAGGAGCUUCAUGGAGGUAAUGUGGAAACAUGCUUUUAUUGAAAAUUUUGUUUCAAUAAAUUUCUGGUCACAUGACAUUUGUUAGUUACGAUGUUUUUUCAAGAAUAGUAUGUAUUUAUAAAUGUUUGCAAGUUGAAGGGAGGGAAAGAGACGAAUUGUGUUUGAUGAAUGAAAUAGGAAUAGUAGGAAUAGGGAUAGUACAUGUAUAUGGAAAAUCUGAGAGGUGAUGUAUGACUGAAUUCAAGUGAUGACAUAUAUGUUCUAUAUUAGCAAAGUGACCAGUGUAUAAUUUUAAGUUCCUUGCUGAUUCAUAGCUGUACACUUUGAUAGGCUAACGUGGUGUAUAAUCUAAAUGGAAUACGGUUUAAAAUGCACAUCAACAUUUCUAGUGGGUUGUGAGUUUGCAUGGUUGACCUACUGCAUGGUUUUAAACUAUGACCUAAUAUCUCAUACAUGCUAUUAAAAUAUAUAGAUGGUAGCUACCGUGGCCAUUGUUGAAAUCAUAACCUAUGAUGUAUGAAAACAUUUCUGAAAGUUGGAGUGCAAGCAUUUGCAGGGUUGGUUAAAUUUAUUUUGAUGUUUGGAAUACAUGUUUCAUUGGAUCAUGGUCUAAUGUUAUAGUGGUCUAGAUUAAUAGUUUUGGUAAUGUAUGUUGACCAAAAUUUGUAAAAUCCUCAUCUAAACCAAAUUGCAUUUUUUUACUGUAGGUCUAGUGUAUAAGCAAGGCACAUAAGGAACAAGUUAGUAUUCUAGUGAUCAAGGUGGUAUACAAGAGGUUGGUAAUGACCCUGUCAACAUAAGGUAAAUAUAAACAAGACUUUCAAAUAAUCUGAUCAUUAUAUGGAUUAGAAAAUGCCAUUCAUUUUUAUCUUUUAUAUAAAUGAGUUAUAGCCGUAAGGACUUGCUUCUACUGAACAUAACUGAACCACAAACCAAUCCCAAUAGCAAAUGGAGGAAAAUUUGGAGAUUUUUUUAGUAGAUGGAGGGAAUUUUGUAGAUUGUUUUAUGCUGAAGGAAUAUAAGAUCAUGAUAAUAUAAAUUCAGUACUGCACGCUAAUGGUAUAGGGAUAUAUAUGGUCAUGUGUAGGGAUGUGCAUGGGACUACACCUGCUAAUGUAUAUGUUUAGCAGCACAUAUCCAAUUCAGUAGAUCAUGGGAUAUGCAUGCUAAUGGUAUAGGGAUAAGCAUAACUUAAAGUUUCAUGGCGGUUAUAUGGAAUUGUAAGCAUGAUAUGAUAUGCUUUGAUUAGAUGACAUUGAUGUUUAUUGCAACAGGUAAAUUCACCUUCCAAGGGCAAAGCUUUUUUGGGAUGUGCUAGCCAAUACCCCAAACAACUUCUAAGUGUAAAAAUUCCUAUGAAUUAUGUACAUAUACAUGUAGAGCUAGUAGGACUGCUGGCAUGUUGUAAUAGCAGAUAUAAGUAUGAACUGUGGGACAGUUCGAAUUAAGUUAUCAUUUGCUGAAAUUUGAAAGAGUAAUAUCUAAAGCUUCUGACUUGAAUG